UGGGAUGAGGUCGAGAGGUAUCUCUCCGGCUUCACCAGAGUGGACGACAACCGAUAUUCGAUGAAGAUCUUCUUCGAAAUUCGGAAGCAAAAGUACCUCGAGGCCUUGGAUAAGCUUGAUAGGGCCAAGGCAGUGGCCAUCCUUAAUAAGGAUUUGAAAGUUUUCUCCACUUUUAAUGACUUGUUCAAGGAAAUGACUCAACUUCUCACACUGGACAACUUUAGAGAAAAUGAACAACUGGUUGGCUAUAGAGAUACCAAGACUGCAAGGGCAAUUAUGUUGGUUGAACUCAAGAAGCUUAUCGAGGCCAAUCCUCUUUUCCGCGAGAAAUUGCAGUUUCCGACAGUAAAGAAUUCAAGGCUACGGAUGCUCAUCAACCAGAGCUUAAAUUGGCAGCAUUCGCUUUGUCCGAAUCCGAGACAGAAUCCGGAUAUAAGAACUCUAUUUCUUGACCACAGUUGCAGAAAUUCCAACGAUUCUUUUGCUCGAUUAAAUGGAAACAAUCAAUUGAUGUGCUCGCCCUUCCAAUCAUUAACACCACCAGUGCAAACUCCUCUAUCCAUAUGGAUGUCAAUUCCCUCAACUGCAAGUCAUCCAGCUGUUUCCGCAGCUGCUAAUGGUAGCGGUUUUGGUUUUCUAGGAAAUCCAGCUGCAAUCCCAAAGGGUCCUGGGGAAUCUUCUGAUGGCACAUAUAAAAUGACAUUCUCUGGAGCUUCAGACAGGAUUAUGUUGCCAGGAAGUAAUGCAGUUCAAAGUGGCAUCAUAGACGAAUUUCCUAAGACCGUUGCAAGAACGCUAAAUCAGGGUUCGGUUCCCACAAGCAUGGACUUUCAUCCCAUUCAACAGACCCUACUUCUAGUUGGGACUAAUGUGGGAGACAUAAGUUUGUGGGAAGCCAGUUCAAGGGAGAAGUUGGUCUCAAGAAGUUUUCAGGUUUGGGAUAUUGGAACAAGUUCAAUUUUAUCAAAGGCAGCUUUGGUUAAAGAUCCAUCGGUGUCGGUCAAGCGAAUUUUGUGGACCCCAGAUGGCAAUAUAUGUGGAGUUGCGUAUUCCAAACACAUGAUGCAGCUAUACCGUUAUCAUGGUGGAAACGACAUUAGGCAGCAUUUGGAGAUUGAUGCUCAUGUUGGGAGUGUAAAUGAUCUUGCCUUCUGUAACCCCAACAAGCAACUCUGCGCUAUAACUUGUGGUGAUGACACGACCAUCAAGGUGUGGGAUGUGGCUACUGGUGCAAAGUUGUAUGCUUUUGAAGGUCAUGCAGCUCCUGUUUAUUCAGUGUGUCCUCACAACAAGGAAAAUGUCCAUUUUGUAUUCUCAACAUCAAUAGAUGGAAAAAUAAAAGCAUGGUUAUAUGACCUGGCUGGAUCAAGGGUUGAUUAUGAAGCUCCCGGUCGAUCGUGCACAACAAUGGCUUAUAGUGCAGAUGGGAAAAGGCUUUUCUCAUGUGGGACAAGUAAAGAUGGGGAAUCACAUGUUGUUGAGUGGAAUGAAAAUGAAGGUUCAGUAAAGAGAGCCUACCAAGGAUUUCAUAAGCAUUCUUCAAGUGUUGUCCAAUUUGACACAACCAGAAACCGGUUCUUAGCUGUUGGUGAUGACUAUUCAAUCAAAGUUUGGGACAUGGAUAAUGUCAAUUUAUUUACAACUAUUAAUGCUGAAGGAGAUCUACCAGCAUGUCCCCGAAUCCGCUUCAACAAGGAUGGCACACUAUUGGCUGUUUCUGCAAACGAGAACAGAAUAAAGAUUUUGGCAACAGCAGAUGGUGUUCGUUUGCUGCGCACAUAUGACAGUCAUUCUCUCGUAGCCUCAAGAGUUGCAUCCGAGACUCUAACAAUGAAUGGCGGCACAAGAAACUUGGAUGAUGCGAAAACGAGAUCAACUGAAGAAUCCAAUGCACCAAGACUCUGGAGGCUUACUGAGAUCAGUAAGGCUGCUCAGCUCCGGUCAUUAAGACUCUCACCUACAGUAAACAUAGACAAGAUCUCAAGGUUGAUUUACACAAAUUCGGGUACUUCCAUUUUGGCAUUGGCAUCAAAUGCUAUCCAUCUACUGUGGAAGUGGUUGCGAACCGACCAAAAUUUGAGCACCAAGGCAACAACCAAGGCUGCUCCUCAGUUAGUACAGCCAACAUCAGGCAUGUUAAUGACCAAUGAUUUAACCAAUUCUAGACCAGAAGAUGCUGUUCCCUGCUUUGCUUUGUCCAAGAAUGAUUCUUAUGUCAUGUCAUCUUCCGGAGGCAAGAUAUCUUUGUUCAACAUGAUGUCCUUCAAGACUAUGACGACUUUCAUGUGUCCACCACCUGUGGCGACAUUUCUUGCAUUUCACCCUAAAGACAACAACAUAAUUGCUGUUGGCAUGGAUGAUUCCACCAUUAACAUCUACAACGUCCGCGUAGAUGAGGUUAAGAAGAAGCUCAAGGGUCACUCCAAAAGAGUCACUGGUCUUGCCUUCUCUUUUCUUCUGAACACACUUGUUUCUUCUGGAGCAGAUGCUCAGAUUGUGUCAUGGAACUCCGAGAGUUGGGAAAAGCAAAAGAGCACUUCCUUGCAGAUUCCAUCAGGGCGAUCGGCGGCAGUAUUGUCAGACACACAGGUUCAGUUUCACCAGGACCAGACACACUUCCUCGUCGUCCACGAGACUCAGCUUUCCAUAUAUGAAGUUGCAGAGCUCAAAUGCAUAAAGCAGUGGGUGGCAGGGGAAUCUUCGUCGCCGAUCUCCCACGCGACAUUCUCAUGCGACAGCCAGUUAGUCUAUACGGGCUUUCUCGAUGGAGUCAUCAGCAUAUUUGGCGCUGCAAAUCUCCAAGAACGAUGCCAAAUUAACCCCACUGCUUAUCUUCCAACCAAUGUCAGUGGCAUGGUGUUCCCACAAGUUGUGGCAGCGCAUCCACAUGAACCGAACCAGUUUGCGGUGGGGCUAACCGACGGUGGAGUUGUCGUGUUGGAGCCGCCGGAGGCAGAAGGCAAAUGGGGGUUGCCUCUACCACCUCCUCCAUCAGCUGAGAAUGGUUUGCCAACUCCAGUUGCUGCUUCUGGUUCUGAUCAACACCAAUGCUGAUGUGAUGGACUUGCUGAGAAUAU